GCAAAGCCAAAUUUGAUCUUUUAAUCUUCGUUGGCCACAAUUAAAACAAACUCGAUCGUGGAACGGCGCGAUCCCUUUGCAUAAAAACAUAUGGCUUUUGCUAUAAAAAUUAUGACUGCAAAACACCAGGCCAUUAAUAGCGUGCGGAGUGAUUUACGCGUUAUUGUUCUGCCGAGCGGACACGUGACACGCGCGGCCAAUGGGGGCGCGGGCGCCGGCAACUUAUUAGGUGACUGUACUUCCCCCCCUGGUGCCACCAAGUUGUUACAUGAAAUCUGCAGUUUCAUAAUUUCCGCGGGUCGGGCCGAGCCGGCCAGGCGCGGGGCAUGGCGGCGGGCGCCAACGCCGUGCCCACCGCAGUGUACCAUCACCAUCACCAUCACCCCUACGUGCACCCCCAGGCGCCCGUGGCGGCGGCAGCCCCGGACGGCAGUUGAUAGAGAAAAACAACCCAACGAAGGCGCCUUUUCCGAAAACAAUGCUGAGAAUGACAGCGGCGGAGACAAGCCCCCCAUCGAUCCCAAUAACCCGGCAGCCAACUGGCUCCAUGCGCGCUCCACGAGGAAGAAGCGCUGUCCCUAUACCAAACACCAGACGCUGGAACUGGAGAAGGAAUUUCUGUUCAACAUGUACCUCACCAGGGACCGAAGGUACGAGGUGGCGCGACUGCUCAACCUCACCGAGAGGCAGGUCAAAAUCUGGUUCCAGAACCGGAGGAUGAAAAUGAAGAAAAUCAACAAGGACAGAGCAAAAGAUGAGUGAUGCCAUUCACGCUCAUAAAA